AUGUUCCGAGCGACCCGCACCGCAACUGCAACACUGCGACAGCUCCACACCACGGCCUGUACCUGUGCCAAGCGGGAGCUCUCUCCGGAGGACGAGGCGCGCAUCCGAGCCUUCAACGACGGGACGUAUGCGCAGCCGCUUGCCUUUGACCAGCAGCCGGCGGCGAUGGGACGAGCGGCGGAUGGGGCGGCCUUUGACCAGCAGCCGGCGGCGAUGGGACGAGCGGCGGAUGGGGCGGCGGAUGGGACGGGAUCGGUGGGCGAUGGCGAUGCUGCUGCAGACGGCGAGGCAGAGGCUAUUGCGGCUAUUCCUGAGCUGCCUGCACCUGACGAGGUGGUGAGGAUCUCGGGCUACUCGGCCCGUGGCUUUACCGUCUCGGGCACCAAGGUGGCCGGAGGCGUCUUGGUCCUGCCCUCGCUGGCGCUGCUGUGGGAUGUGGCCUCGGCCGACGAGCUCACCCUGGAUGCCCUUAUUCUUCCGCGCAUUCUGCAUCCAAGGAUGGAUUUGCUCCUCAUCGGCACCGGCAAGUCCAUUGUCCGCCUCCCUGAUCAUCUUCUCGACCCGCUUCGCGCACGCGGCAUUGCCGUCGAGGCCAUGGACUCGAUCAACGCGGCCGCAACCUUUAACUUUCUGGCAGAGGAGGGCCGCGCUGUCGGUGCCGCACUCAUGCCGGUCUCGGCUUUUUCGGCCAGGGCCGAUCAGGAGCGUGGCGCGAUGUAG